AUGGAUCAAACCAAAGUCGAAUCCAGGCCUGAGGCCCCUCCGGCCACUUCAGCAAAGCCUGUCUCGAGUCCUUCCAUCGACAGGGAGCCCCUCGAAUCUCCCUUUAGCCCCAAAACCACCGAGGACAAUGACAACAACCCUCAGCCCCACCAGCAUUCCGCCGAAGACGACGACGAACUGAGUCCUCCCCCCGAGAACAUCCCCAGUCCCGCGCUUCCCGGUAGUCCCGCCAGCUCCCCUCCGGCCGACGAGCAAGCUUCCGACGAAAUCAUUGUCAACUCCAAUCGGAAUGGCCCGGAUAGGCCGUCUCCGUUCCACGUGGUUUCGGACCCGGAGGAUGAGACCAUGCCCGACGCCGACGCCGAUGACGAUGACGACGACAAUGACAAUCAGGAUCAGGAUCAGGAUCAGGAUCGGGAUCGGAGGUACCCUCAGACCACCGCAUACCCCAAGCGCAAGAGGACCUCGACCUUCGCCGACCUGAGCGAGAACACCAUAGAUGCCGUCACCAUAAAUGACAUAAUGGCCGCCGCACGCUCAAGGCCGGUUCGUCGCCAAGCCGCCGGGUACAACAAUUCCGGCGUCGUCUUGGGCUAUUGGCGCGACUCCCCCGUCGCCGACGACGAAGGAAAGCAUGCCGUUAUUGGCUUUAUCGAUGUCCGCGAUCGGCUGCGCACCCGUAUCCAAGUCGCCACCAGGGCCGGGGAGACAGCCAAGGAGCCUGUGCCCCCCGGGCCUGGUGGGCUCUGGGUCACCUUUGAGCGCAUCGUGUUCGAGCCGUAUCUCGUGGGCCUGAACCACCACCAGAUCAAGGAGUUCGUCAAGCGGCGCGCCGGCGCCCGAAACGAGGACCCCGACGCCAAACUCGAGGCCGAUCUUGCCGCCGUCGAGGACGCCAAGCGCCGCGUCUUGGAGAACCCCCACUCUGACGCCGCUCCGGCCCCCGCCGUCGCCUACGGGCCCACCCUCCCGGACGAUGCCAUCAUCUCCGCCAGCGCGAAGCGCCGCAAGCUCGCUGGCGGGCCGGCCACCAUUCUCGGUGGCGCUCCUAUGGCGCCGCCCCCGGUGCCGGCCCAGUCCUCCCGGUCCGCCGAUCCCCGGCGUGUCCUGCCCUCGGCCAGGAGCCCGUCGGAGACGUCGCCGCUGCUGGCCGAUAGCGUGCCCAUCUUCGACCCCCUCACGGGUACGCGCCCCACCCGCAUCGUCGUGGGGUACUGGAAGCCCUCCGAAGCCCCCGACCCGCGCGAUCGCCAUGCCGUUCUCGGCAUUCUGGGUCACAACGACAAUUUCCGCGUCAAAGUGAUCCGCGAAACCCGGGACGGCCGUUAUGUGGAUGGCAAUUUCCCCUCGGGCGCCGGCGCUCUGUGGAUCCAGUGGUCCGAGACGGAGCUGGAGCCCCAUAUCAAGCACCUCAGCCGUGUCGAGGUGAAGGAGUACGUACGCGUUCGCCAGUACCAGAUCGACAAAGGGGAGAAGGCCGAAGAGAGGCCGCACAACGAGACCCACGCCGUCUACGUCGCCCAGCGGCGUGCGCUGCACAUAAUCAGGACCGGCGCGCUCCCGACCAGCAGCUCCCAAUCGCAGAUGGAGGACGGGGCGGACGACGCAAGCCUUGCCGAGCCGGCGUCGGUGGGGGCGUCGGUGGGGGCGGGGGCGAGGAACGAGGGUAGGUCAUCUCUCGGUGGCCAAGACCACCUCCGGACCUCCCAUCGCCGCCAGUCUGUUGUUCCGGCGGGACGCAAUUCCUUGUCCGACCUCGACAGCCGACGGUCCUCACGCUCGCCGCACGCCGUACGUCGCGACAUCGACUCCCAAGCCCGUCGCGAGGUGGGCCGCCUCGAGCAGUACGAGAGGAGCCGUGCGCAGUCCAACGCCGACCGCGAAGCCGACCGCGAAGCCGCCGCCGCAGAUUCCUCCGAACGGACCACCGCCGCCCGUAGCGCCGGUCUCGCCAAUGGUUUCCACGCUCGCGACGAGGUGCAGCAGCUGGACGACAUCUGGCAGAAGCAGGAGGAGCAGCGCAGCCGCGCCAACAACGAAAACAUCAAGUUCUACGGAGGGACCAAGUAUGAGCGCAAGUCUACCGGCCCUUUUGUUGGGAAAUUGGUGUCCCAGGGCGUCCUCAUCAGUAUUGAUGGCGAAGACUACGUCGAGUACAGGGUUCUUACGAAGCCGUCUUUCUGCUGA